AUGUCUGUUGUCUCGCUCCUCGGCGUCGAGGUCAAGAACAACCCCGCCCGUUUCGACGAGCCCUACGAAUUCGAGAUUACCUUUGAGUGCCUAGAACAGCUGCAAAAAGAUCUCGAGUGGAAAUUGACUUAUGUUGGUUCGGCGACUUCACAUGAAUAUGACCAGGAGCUUGAUUCUGUCCUUGUUGGCCCUCUGCCAAUCGGCAUAAACAAAUUCGUCUUCCGCGCCGAUCCCCCUGACCUAUCACGCAUCCCAAACAGCGAGAUCAUCGGCGUCACCGUCAUUCUGCUGAGUUGCAGCUACGAAGACCGCGAAUUCGUACGCGUCGGCUACUAUGUAAACAACGAGUAUACAGAUGAAGCGCUGGCACUAGAUCCUCCCACAAAGCCCGUCAUUGAGAAGGUCCAAAGGCAGAUUCUGGCGGAGAAGCCGCGUGUGACACGUUUCGCCAUCAAGUGGGACUCUGAUGAGUCGGCACCCCCCGAGUUCCCCCCUGAGCAGCCCGAGGCCGACUUGACAGCAGACGGCGACCAGUACGGCAUCGAGGAAGAAGAGGAGGAGGAAGAGGCUGAGGGUGCCGUUGUCGAGGGUGAAGAUGCUGCCAUGGCUGGCGCCGACGAUACGGCAGGCCCCGCAAACGAUGAGGACGCUGAAUCCGAGGCGGGCAGUGAGGAAAUCGACAUUGAGGAUUCAGAAGGGGAUGAUGAAGAAGAGGAAGGCGAGGAGGGUGAAGGGGGCGACGACGAGAUGGAGAUGGAUGACGCCGAAACAAGCGCCGCCAACGGCAAGCCGACCCAGCAAAAGUCCGAUGCUGUACAGCAGCAAGGCGCCGAUGUCAUGGUGCACUAG